AUGAGGCAGCCCACCAGCGCGGGCGGCGACGCUGGGUUCGUGCGCGCGGACCAGAUCGACCUCAAGAGCCUGGACGAGCAGCUCGAGCGCCACCUCGGACGCCCGGCGGAGCGGGGAGUCGGCCCAGCCUCCGGGACGGGGAGCCGCCGCGGCGAGUCCGCGAGGCUGGGCCCGGAGGAGCUGACGCCACUGCGGCGGUGCCGUGAGGACUGGGAGAUCGACCCCGCCAAGCUCGUCAUCAAGGGCGUCAUCGCGAGCGGCACCUUUGGCACCGUGCACCGUGGCGUCUACGACGGCCAGGACGUCGCCGUAAAAUUGCUUGACUGGGGCGAGGAUGGUCAUAGAUCAGAACAAGAAAUUGCUGCACUAAGAGCAGCAUUUGCACAGGAGGUCGCUGUGUGGCAUAAGCUUGACCAUCCAAACGUUACUAAGUUUAUUGGGGCUAUAAUGGGUGCAAGAGAUUUAAAUAUACAAACGGAACAUGGACAUCUUGGCAUGCCAAGUAAUAUUUGCUGCGUUGUUGUUGAGUACCUUCCCGGAGGUGCACUGAAAAAUUUUCUGAUAAAGAACAGGAGAAGGAAGCUUGCCUUUAAAGUUGUGGUCCAAAUAGCUCUUGACCUUGCCAGGGGAUUAUGCUAUCUCCACUCAAAGAAGAUAGUGCAUCGUGAUGUCAAGACUGAAAAUAUGCUUCUGGACAAAACGAGAACUGUAAAAAUUGCUGAUUUUGGUGUUGCUCGAGUUGAGGCUUCAAAUCCUAGCGAUAUGACGGGUGAAACAGGGACACUUGGUUACAUGGCUCCUGAGGUUCUCAAUGGCCAUGCUUACAACAGGAAGUGUGACGUGUACAGCUUUGGGAUCUGCCUGUGGGAGAUAUACUGCUGUGACAUGCCGUACCCCGAUCUUAGCUUUUCUGAAGUCACCUCUGCCGUCGUUCGCCAGAACCUGAGGCCUGAGAUACCGCGCUGCUGCCCGAGCUCGCUAGCGAACGUGAUGAAGCGAUGCUGGGACGCGAACCCGGACAAGCGUCCCGAGAUGGCGGAGGUGGUGUCCAUGCUGGAGGCGAUCGACACGUCCAAGGGUGGCGGCAUGAUCCCCAAGGACCAGACGCAAGGCUGCCUCUCGUGCUUCCGCCGGUACCGAGGCCCCUAA